CGCCUGAGUGACAAUUGCCAUCUUUUCUGAUUGGAAACUGGAUGGGACGGUCAUUAUUCCAAAAUGGAGGCAAUUCUUCUUUUCUGGGGUAGAAAUGGCAUUGCCUGAGACGUUCGUGUUCUGGCCGUUGCCGGUGUAUCCUGACCUCAUUCUGACGACAUAUGCAUCUUAGUUAAAGAGAUUUGGGUUUGAUUCAAACUGUAGCAUGAAUGUGAUAGCCCGCACAAGUUUCGCGGUUGUGCUGAGUGUGAUAAUACUGGCUGGCUCUAUAAUGAACUUGCUUGUCUUAAUAGUUGUUUGCCGGAACAAAGCCAUACGCCAGCAUAUUGCAAGUGUGUUCAUUGGAAAUCUUGCCAUCAUCGACUUGCUUAACCUUGUCUUUGUUAUGCCAUUUUCCCUCCAAAUCGUAUUAUACGAGAAAUGGUUACACUCUAAUGCUCUAUGCCAGGUGAAUGGACUCUUUGGAACGCUGUUCAGUUUCGCGUCUAUUCUGACGCUUGCAGUCAUUUCUCUUGACCGCUGGGCCGCAGUGAUGAGGCCUUUAGCAUACAGAGCUCGCAUGACUGUGACCCAUGCAGUACAAAUGACUGUUUACGUUUGGAUCCAGGCCUCAGUUUUUGCGAUUGUACCUGCGUGCAAGACUUGGUUUGUUGUAAACAUGCGUUAUAGCUACUGCGGCUUCCCCUCUGUGCAGACUGGUACAAAUUUCUUGGCCUACAUGUGGACAUCAAUCGUACUGAAUAUAGGACUAUCGCUUGUCAUCAUCUUAGUAACUUAUUUUUUUGUUUUUCGGGUCGCGCGAUCCCAUUCUAGACGAAUAGCGGUCGCGGUCAUUUCCGUUUUUGCCCCUGAACAUCGAAAGCUUCGCAAAGAAACUUUCCGACAGCGAGAAGCGAGGACGGCGAUCAAGAUCUCAUUUGUAAUCGGUGCGUUUCUCAUUUGCCAUUUGCCGUACUCAGUGCUGCGGGUAAUGGAACUGGUUGGCAAAAACAACUCGGUGUUCAGCCUCUCGCCGGUGUUCCUCGUGUCUAUGAAGUGGACAGUUUAUUUGAAAAGUGCCGUGAAUCCAUUCAUUUACAGCCUGUUGCAAAAACGUUUCAGAAAAGCGCUGGUUGAGUUGUUUGGACAGUCAAGAAGGGAAAGUAAUAUGAACGCGAACAUCGUAUACACUGUUUCCAAGAAUCACAUUCUGCGAGACAGCCAGAGUGCACCAACAACUGUUGCGACUGGCACACUUUCUUCCAAAUCGACAAAAAUGGCGGCAGAUCAACCACAUGCUCAAUAUGAUGCCAAUACACAACAUGACAAACUACCUUCGAUUGCCAAUGUUGCCCCAACAGCGACAGUUAUGGCCUCCGACGAGGAACUGCUCAGGCUGACAACAUCAUCGCAAACAGACGACGCAAACACAUUACCAACGAUGUCAAACAACAACAUGUCAGGAUUUCUAGACCAGAAAUCGAGUCGAGUCAAAAGACCCAUGAACUCUUUUAUGGUAUGGGCUCAAACUGCAAGGAAAAAGUUAGCGGAGCAGUAUCCACACUUACAUAAUGCUGAGUUGAGUAAAAUGCUGGGUAAAUUAUGGAAAAUGCUGUCUGUUGACGAUAAACAACCGUACGUCGAAGAGGCAGCUAGAUUGGAUAGGCGCCAUAAAAACGAACACCCAGAGUACAAAUACAGGCCAAGACGACGGCCUAAAUUAAAAGGCGUAGGAAAGAGGACGUACAGUGCACCUUCCAUGAUGACAAAUAUUGGCAAGCCUUCGUUUGUUGCACCGAUUCCAUGGCAAAGUCAUCUUGAAAGCAAACCAAGAGACGAUGGAUCGUUGGAUAUGAAGGUCAGUACACCUACUAUGGCGGGGAAGCAAGUAUAUUCGCCUACUAUUUUUACUACGGGUACUCCUGGGUCAGUUAUCGUGCCUCCUGGACAGGUCCCGCCAGUGCCUCCUCUUGUGUCCAAUUUGGGCUCUUUAGGCAGUCCAGUUAACCCAUCAUACCCAACGUAUGUCACCGUUCCGAUUCCUGCCACAUCAACGGCGAUAUUUCAACCUGUUGCAAUACCAGUUCACGGAAUGACCGGAGUUCAAGCUGUACACACCCCGGCGUACAUUCUAAGACAGCCUUUUAGUGGGGGGAUGUUUGGCCCGACUGUCAUUCAAUCGCCUCAUCCUAGCUUUGCAGCUGUGACAAAUCUUGAGCAAAGAACUGUGGAAACGCAAACACAAACGACGCCUAGAGACAGUGAUCUUAAAGAAAACGAUUCGCAAAACAAGUCAGACAAGAUCGAGCAGCACAAUGUCGAGACUAGAGUUCAUGUUGGAAACCAAAUUGGAGAGAAAACAGUCUUGAACCAGGGGACGGGGAUGGUACAAACGUCACAGGUCGAAACAGCUGGGAGAGAAUGUUUUGAAGUUAAUCGAGGACAAAGCAAAGUCGAUAACUGAUUCAAAAUAAUUUAGGGGGAAUUUAAUGUAAAUAGGUAGAUAUUUAGCGAAUUUAAUUACUAUUUUUUAA